UUCACUGAGGCCGCCCGAGCGCGGCGGGAGCAGCGCGUUCCACUCCAAUCAUGGCCGCCCCCCGGCCGGACCCGGGCGAGCGGGCUCCAGAAACGUGCGACCUGCGGCAGAUUUUGGAGGCGUUGCAAUUGCUGCUGAGCCCGGGAGGCUCGAGUUCAUUACACAUCACAAAGCACGACGUCCUGUUGGCCACGCUGGAAUCGAACCUGUCGGCUCUGGAGGACCAGGUCCAGCGGGACCCUCGCUGGGAGGGGCUGAGGCGCCUGCGGGCGGCAGUGGCGGCCAAGGCCCCGUGGCCCCAGACCUCCGCGGACGUCACCUGGACCUUCACCGCCCAGCUCCUGCUGCUGCUGCUGUGUCUGAAGGAGACGCUGCUCCGCCUGGCCGCCGGCUUCCGCCCCGGGAGGCCCGACCCCAGGACCCCGGAAGCCGCCCCCGCCCUGAGCCCCGACACGCUCAGCAUCUCCCAGCAGAAGACCGUCCAGUCGGCCUUGCAGUUUGUGGUCACCUUGGGGCUCUGCCCCUACCUCAUGCCCGGGGUCGGGGUCCCCUGGAGAUGCAGGAGCGAGUUCGGCGCCAUGGUGCAGGCCGUGGUGCGCCCCGACGUGGCCCCCGCCGCCGCCCGCAGGCUCCACACGAGCUGCCACGGGCUCCUGAGUGUGGCCCAACACGCGGCACUGGCGAGCUUGGUUUUCUGCCGCCACCUGGGGGACGUGGUGGCGUGUCUGUGCCAAGUGGGCUUCUGCCCAAUCCAGAGGAAACCCCUUUCUCCCGAGGCGGAGGUGUUGACUGAGGCGGAGCGAGCCCUCUCCAAGAAGGCCUUGCGAGAUGUCUUGGACCAGGUGUAUCAGCCCUUGGCCGUUCGAGAACUGCUGAUCCUCCAGGGAGGACCGCCCCAGUCCGGCCCGGAUGUGAAGACCCAGCCCGGGUGUCGGGUACCAGCGUGGCUCCGGCGUCUGUGUGGGCAGCUGCUCUCCGAAAGGCUGAUGAGGCCCAGCGGGGUUCAGGCCGUGGUCCGGGGCAUUCUGGAAGGAGCAGGAGCGGGGGCGGCUGGAGGGAGUGACGCCGAGGCCACGGCUGCCGACUGGAAGAAGUGUGACUUGAUUGCGAAGAUCCUGGCCUCCUGUCCCCAGCAGUCCAUGUCACCGGAGAGUUACUACCGGGACAUCUGCCCGCAGAUUCUGGAUCUGUUUCACUUUCAAGACCGAUUGACAGCACGGCAGUUCCAGAGAGUCGCUGCCACGACCUUCCUGACCAUGUCCAGAGCAAAGCCGGACCUGGCGGCCCAGUACUUGCUGCAGCCAGUGCUGGCGCCCCUUCGCCGCUGCUUACAGACGGCAGAGAUUCCAGAGAGUGACUUAGUGCCAGGAUCCAUUCUGGUAACAGAGGAAGAACUUGGACGAUGUAUUGAAGAUGUGUUUAAGGUGUCCGUGGUGGCGAACGAGCCCGUGCCGGUGCUGCUGGACUCGCUGUCGGCCGUCCUGCCCGCGCUCUUCCCGCUGCACUGCUUCACCACGCAGGGCGUCUCCCACCUGAGGUCACCUUGCCAGGAGAUCAUCUUAUGGACCCUGGAGAGGCUGGACAGGACGAAGGCCAUCGCCAGCCUGAAAGGCAUUUCGGGGCUGGACAUAUCCACGGCCUCGCUCCACCCUCGGUGUCACUUCACGGCUGCCCCUCAAGGCGGCGUCAUGGUCACCAUCCAAGGGGCCGUCUGUGAGGAAGAUGAAGAUGAAGCUCUGUACCAGAAGGUGUCCUCGGAACAGCACCGGGCGGAGCAGCUCGGGGCCCUGCUGGCCCACUGCCAGGAAAGCGGCUUGGCCGGGGACUUCUUCAUCUUCUGCCUGAAGGAGCUGACCCGCGUGGCGGUGGAAGCGGAAGCAGAGGCGGGCGCGGAGCCUUCCUGGGGCUGGAGUGUCCUGGAGCCGGGGCUGCAGCGCGACCUUCUGGAGCGCCAGGAGCAGAAGCUGCUCGUGCUGCAGCUGGUGACGGUGCUGUGCGAGACGGUGUCCGAGCAGAUAUUCACCAACAUGGCCCAGGUUGUGGACUUCGUGGCAGCGACGCUGCAGCGAGCCUGUGCCGGCGUUGCCCACCAGGAGAGUGUGGUGGAGUCGCAGACCCUGAGCAUGGCCAUGGGGCUGGUGGCGGUCGUGCUGGGUGGAGCCGUCCAGUUGCAGUCCAGCGACUUCGCCGUCCUGAAGCAGCUGCUGCCCCUGCUGGAGACGGUCUCCGCGUCGUACCCCGACCCCACCAUCCAGGAGCUGGCCGCCGACCUCCGCGCCACCAUCGCCACCCACGGCGCCUUCUCCACCGAGGCAGUCAGUGCGGCCGCCCGGGGCGCCUGGAACAGAAAGGACCCGAAAGGGGAAGGGGGAGAAGAGCCCCCGCAGGCCGGCCGGCCAGGACGCAGGGACGAGUCUCCCAGCCGCCCCAGCCAGCGGCAGAGCCCUGAGAAGCGCCGCCCGGCCAGCCGGGAAGCGGGUGCCGAGCCCCCUCCUCCCGACGCGCCAGGCCAGGCCCCUGGAAGCCCGGGCUCCGAGCAGCUCCAGGAGCUGCUUCUAUCCGCUUACGACCCUCAGAUCCCCACCCGGGCGGCUGCUCUGCGAACUCUGGCCCGCUGGAUCGAGCAGCGGGAGGAGAAGGCCCUCGAGAUGCAGGAGAAGCUUCUGGAGGUGUUCUUGGAGAACUUGGAGCAUGAAGACGCCUUUGUGUACCUGUCUGCUAUUCAGGGCCUUGCCCUGCUCUCCGACGCGCACCCUGAGACCGUCCUGCCCCGCCUGCUGGCUCAGUACGACCACGGCCUGGACAAGCACACGCCCGAGACCAGAAUGAAAGUCGGGGAGGUGCUCAUGCGGACUGUCAGGGCGUUGGGGGACAUGCUGUCCAGGUACCGCGACCCUCUGAUCCACGCCUUCCUGCGGGGAGCAAGGGACCCCGACGGCACUCACCGGGCCAGCAGCCUGGCCAACCUGGGAGAACUGUGCCAGCGGCUGGACUUCCUGCUGGGCUCCGUGGUCCACGAGGUAACAGCCUGCCUGACCGCCAUGGCCAAGACAGACCCCGAGGUCCAGGUGCGCAGAGCUGCCAUCCACGUCGUCGUGCUGCUGUUUCGGGGGCUCAGCCAGAAAGCCACGGAGGUGCUGAGGGACGUCCUCAAGGACCUGUACCAUCUGCUAAAGCACGUGGUGCGCUCAGAGCCCGACGACGUGGCCAGGCUGCACGCUGAGCUGGCCCUGCAGGAGCUGGACGAGAUCAUGAGAAACUUCCUGUUCCCACCGCAGAAGCUGGAGAAGAAGAUCGUGGUCCUGCCCUAGCCCUAGCCCCGGG